AUGAGGCUGCCAGGCCUUGAACUUGACCUGUACGAGCUUCAUACCUUAGCCUGCUACUGCCAGGUGGGGUGUUGCUGGGCCCAGUCCUGGCCUCUGCCCCCAGGGCUCACUGAGGUUUCCCCAACCAAUGUCACUUUGCUCGGAAUCCUGGGCCAUGGUGUCUUUGGGGAGGUGUACAAGGGACUGGUGGUUGGACUUCCAGCUGGGAGAAUUCUGUGUUCUUUGCCUCCCCAGACCCUGGCAGAACUCUGUUCUCAUCAAGAUGAGCUGGGUUUCCUCAUGGAGGCUCUCAACAUCAGCAAGCUCAGCCAUCAGAACAUUGUGCCGUGUGUGGGGCUUAGCCUCUGGGCUGCCCCUCAUCUCAUCCUGCUGGAGCUGAUGUUUAGUGGGGACAUGAAGAAUUUCCUGAGGCACAGUCUGCCUGGCCAGGGCCAGCCAUCACCUCUGGCCAUACAGGGCCUGCUGCAGCUGGCCCAGGACAUUGCCCAAGGCUGACAUUACCUGGAAGAAAAUCACUUCAUUUAUAGGAACAUUGCUGCCCAGAAUUGCCUGCAGAGCUAUAGUGGGCCUAGUUACUGCAAGGGGGGCCAGGUGUUGCUGCUGGCAAAGAGGAUGGCCCCAGAGGCCUUCCUGGAGGGCAUCUUCUCAUCCAAGACAGACUCCUGGUCCUUUGGGGUGUUUCUCUGGAAGAUCUUCUCACUGGGCUACAUGCCCUAGCCUGGCCACUCCAACCAGGAGAUACUGGACUUUGUUGUCAGAGGAAGCCAGGUGGACCCUCCCAGGGGCUGUCCAGGACCUAUGUACUGUAUCACGACCCAAUGUUGGCAGCACCAGCCCAACUUUGCCAGCAUAUUGGACCAUCUUCAAUACUACACCCAGGACCCCAAUGUGCUGAAUUCACCCCUGACAAUGGAGCUGGGCCCCCUGGAGGAAGGGGCUUCUGGGCCAGGGAACAGGUCUCUAGAGGACCUAAGAUCCCUACAACACCAAGAACUGAGUCUGGAGAACUUGAAGAGCUGGGGAGAGAGUACCCUUGGCCCCUGGCUGCCCUCUGACCUAAAGCCCCCCAAAUCCAGGAGCCUUCCAUCUCAGAACCUUUGGAAUCCUACCUAUGGCUCCUGGGCCCCAAGAGGCAUUAAGGGUGAGGACUCAGGCAUAAGUGCCCCGUGUUGUCACCUGGCCCUGCAGGACCAUAUGAACUACCCCACCUGGCAGUGA